AUGGCUUUGGACAGAUGCAAGUCUGCUCUCAUGAAGGAGGAGGAUUACUGGUUCAGAAAUAGAGAUGAAGCAGAAGAUGGAGUAAAGCUGCAAAGUGGUUCUUCUAUUAAAAUUACUCCAGAUCUCAUCCCUAGGGAGGAGAUAGAUGAGAUAUCCCCCAACUAUGUGCAGGUUGCUGAGCGCGUGCAAAAUGUUCUGCAGCAUGUAGCUCAUGAAGGUUUCAACAAUCAGAACAAUGUUGAUUCAGCUCCAACUGUGAACUCUCCUCUUAAGAUAUUUGAAAAGGAUGUCUCACAAUCAAAAUUCUUAGGAGUUGAUGUGAGCUCUCAUUCGGUCCCAAUAUUAAAGAAGAUAUGGGCUAAGCAUGGAAAUAUAACAGAAGGGCAUGUAGUGUCUAGUGAUUGCCUCCUUUCUUGGGCAUUAGAAUCCCUUGCAAAGAUAAUAAUUAUCCUUCAAAGCAAUUCAGGGAGUUCCUUAGAUGACUCUCAAGCUAAAUAUUUGGAGUCGACACUGCUUGACCAUCAAUUGAUGCAACUUAAAUUGGAUUGGCUAGUUCCCUUGGUUAAAAAUGCUUUGUUUCUUCACAAAAACAAGGUUAUCAUGGAGCUUCAGAUGACAAAAUCCAAGCUCCAAACAGAAUUGCGCGAGGUGGAAAAAAAAUUGGCGGACAGGGAAAGCUUGUUCCAGAGUGCCAAUUGGUCUCAGCUUCAUCAUGUGUGAAAGAUGUGCUUUGCUGAAGGACCACGUUCAAUCAGCUUCAUCUGCUUUUGAUUCUUAUAAAUGUUGGCAGAGGUUGUUCGAUAGAUUGGCUGCUUUUGCUUUUUUUGUUGGUGAUUGUAUAUAUGGUAACACGGGGUACCUUUUUGCUAAGCUCUUAUGCUUCAAAUGUAAUUUGGUUUAUUGAAAGCAGUUGCUGUCAAAAAUCUGGAUUUUCAAGCUGAUAUAGGUUAUGCUCUUGGAGACAUGUUCACCAAAUCACCAGGUUUUACUUAUGGAUGAAAAAGUUCUAGUUUACCACCCUACAUUAGUGGUCUGCAGACCAUGUACAUAUAGGUGUUUAGGAUAAUGUUUAUUUUUCUGACCAUCUACUUGCAGGGAAAAAAAGUUGUUGUUCAAUAUAAAUCCUGCUCGCCUUGUAAUCAUCCUUUUGUGAACUAAUUG